AUGAUGUCAGCACGCCAAGCGUUCUGUGCUAUCACUAUCGCACUCUGUUGUCUCUGCAGUUAUGUGGUAGCUGCUGAUGAAGCUGAAGGUAAAGCUCUUGAGGCUAAAUCUACGGAACUUGGUUCUGAUGGUUUACCUGUUCCUGGUAUUGGGAAAUCUAAGACUUCUUCAUGUCCACCUCAUUCACCACCUGGUGCUGAUACUUCUGAGUGUUUAGAAAGUGGUGGUGAAGAACAUAAUGAUGAUCAUGUUAACCGUGAUCCAUCACAGGAACUGGUACAGCCGCAUAGUCCAGUGAUCCACACAAAUGGAGACCAUCGAGAAGAGGGAAGUGUUAGCAGCGAUACGAAAAAUGAACUCACCGAACCAGGACCGAAAGAAAAACAAGUCCAAGAAGACACAGGGAGGCAUGUCAACAAUCCAGGAGUUGAUACUGAAAAAUCUGGUGUUCCUACUUCUACUGAAGAGCGUCGAGGUGCUGGUGUUGAAAGUCUUUCUCCAUCACGUGAGGCUGGACCAGGUGGUAAUGUUCACACCGAGAAUGAAGAAGGAGCGUUGGGACCUGGGGUACGGGAAGAGGAUGGCUCUACAGCUGAUGGACGAGGGAAGGGAAGCCAAACUGCUGCUGAGAAAGCAGAAGAGCAAGAGGAAUCUCACCCACAAGGAGAGCGGACUGAGAAUGCAGGGAGAACUGAAGCAUCUUCAACUAAUGCAGUCAGUAGUACAGGGAAUGAAGAGAAUAACGUGAAUCAACAAGCAGAGGGAAAUGGUGUUCAGUCUACUACAGAAACUUUAUCUGCACCUACAGAAGGUGAUGCAAUGAGAGAUACCGUCAAUACAACCAAUAAUGAAGAAUCAACCACCACCACCACAACAACACUUCCUCCUGAACUCGCAAAUAACAAGAAGGGUAAUGCAGACAGCAGCAGCAGUAUCAGCAGUUCUGUGUGGGUGCGUGUACCACUACUGAUUGUGGUUACACUGGCCUGUAUUCUUGUGUGA